AUGCUGCUCUCGUCCCUUCAGCGGCUAGCCGCCGCCUGUGGGCCCUCUGGUUUGGGCCGGGGCGGCAUCGCAGUGGCAGCCUCUUGCGGCAGCAGCAGCAGCAGCAGCUCCCUGUGGCAGCAGCUACGGGCCUUCUCCGAUGAGGCGGGCAGCGGCGACAAGCCGGGCGAGGAGCCAGCGGCGGCGGCUGCAUCCGCCGCCGCUGACGACGUGGCAGGAGGCAGCGAAGGCGGCGACGACGCCCUGGUUGCUGCAGAGGCGGCAGAAGGGGAUGAGGAGGUUGAAGAGGUGGACGAGGAUGUGCCCUUCGGGUUGAUAGACUUUGACAGCGCAGCGGGCACCGGCGGCGGCGUGGUGCCCCCGGAGCUCUUCUCCAAGCGGCAGCGUGCAUGGCUGGGCGUGGGGGACCCGGACAAGUACCAGCACUUCCUGCCCGCCCUCUCACGCAAGGAGAAGGGCAGCUUUGCUGACGAGUAUGUGGAGGAGGAGUUUGAUGUGGAGCAAGAGCUGUACCCCACUGUCCCCGAGGACAAGCCGCUGUACGACCUGCGAGAGUCGGUGCCAGAAAUUUACCAGCCCAGGAGUGAGCUGUUUGAGCGGCUGCAGCGGCUGAAGGCAGAGCACCCGGACAUGCCCAUCCAGCAGUUUGUGAGCGAGGUGGUGGGCAUCGGCAGCGCGCCCGAGCAGCCGCCGCGCCCAGGCGCGCGCCCCAUCAUCCGCUGGCAGAUCUGCCACGUGCUGUCGGUGGGCGUGAGCGAGAGCCACCCCGCCAACAAGCGGGUCAAGGCCUGGGUGCACCUGCGGGACCUGCAGCGGGACCAAGGCCUCACAGACGCGGCGCUGCGGCACAUUGCCGCCAUCUGCGGCCCGCGCUACGACCCCAACCGAGGCGAGCUCAAGCUGACCAGCGACCGCUACCCGCACAGGGAGGCCAACCGAGCCCACAUCCUGCGGAUCAUCAAGGAGUUGGUGAAGGAGGGGCACCGCAAGCACCCCAAGCAGCAGCAGCAGCAGCAGCAGCAGCAGCAAGCAGAUGCGACGUCCUAG